GCCCCUCAACCCCUUUACUGCUACUUACCAACUCUUCAGGGUCAAGAUCAACUCCCUGGUCCUGUCUUUUUCUUUGCUCCUCCUCUCCGUCCUUUUCUUUUCUUGUUCCGUCCCGUCCCUCGUCUUUCCUUCCCCUCCUUCUUUCCCUCACCUCUCUUUCAUCACCACCCCCGGAGAGAGAAAGAGUGUGUGAGAGUUCUUCACCUCGCCUCAACACGUCGGUUCUCUUCUCGUCGGGACGUGCUACAUAUCUUGGGCAAUGCUCGCCAAGUCGAUAAAUGGGCUGUAAUUGAGUAUUCGAUAUCCGGUUCCGCCCAUUUGCCCCUACUCGUUCCUUCGUUACAAUUGGGUUGUCGGUCGGUCCUUCGUUUCGCCUCGCCCUUUACACCCUCUAGCAGUGCUACGUUCCCUCGUCGAUCGGAUUUCGGGUCUCUCCAACUGAAACUGCCCUACGAUCUUCCUACUCCCUUUCCCGUCAAUUAAUUUUUAGUAUCGACCAGGUCUCGACCCCAGUAGUAGUGAGGCCCGACCAAAAAAGCACAAAGAACACCGGAGAUUACAUACACCCAAAAACUCCAUACUCGUUACUUGUUUAUAUAUUUCCAUCAUGCCUCCGUCUCUGAGAGAACAGUCUUCCUCCUUUGCCCGGCCAUCCACCCGAGACCGCCCGGCCACCCGCGACCAAGGAGAAAACUCGCUGGUCGUUCCUAGUCGCACCUCCUCACUUCAUUCCCGCAUCACCCAGCCAAUCCCGUCACAGAUGAACGCGAAACCGGCCCAGCGGACGCCCAAAACCUUGACCCAUGCUUACAUGGUCUGUGGUGUGGGCCGUGAACCCUCCCAAUGGGUGAGGGCGCCCGCACCCGAGCAGGGAAAAAUUGGCCAUAUGAAAGGUGCCGUGGGUCAAUUUUGGUUGCCGGAGAUCUUGGGCAGCAGCCCCCGGUUGGAACAAGACAAUGAGAUUGCUAAGUCUUUGCACUCGGCAAUGAGGGCAUGCUUCCCCCACGAUGUUGAGAUCUGCACAGGCAAGACCCAGCCUCAUUGUAUACACCAUGCUUUCGUUUUGCAGCAAGACUCCUCCCACACUCUCUACGGUAUCGCUCUGCGGGUGUGGUCAAGGGCCGAUGACAAGCGCGCCGAGACCAUUCGCGAGCUGCGCAAGAAGACCGAGCCCGACUUCUACGACAACCCGGAGGAGACAUAUUGGAUCCCAUAUUGCUUGAGCUUUCUGUCGAGAUACCCGUUGUACGACCUGCUGGGUGAUUACCUUCGAGGCAUGUGGAUUCACUGGAACAAGGCCACAAACCUGUUCCACGCCGAGGAGGUGUCCCGAAUCCUCAGCUUCCCUGCGCCCCGCCUUAACGACCUUGUUCGCAUUGAUAUGAAGGACUAUGCCUUGUGCUACCAAUUUCCGUCAUCCCCUACAGGGUUCCAGAACUUUGCCAUGUGGCCCCUGUUUAAUUGUUUGUCGAUUCCGAACAUUGUUGGGGUUAUUGAGGCUGCUGUGUCACCGACUCGUCGCAUCAUUUUCGUGAGUCAUUAUUCUGCCAUGCUGACAAUUGCUGCCGAAACUAUUCGGUACUGUGUUCGAGUCUAUGAAUGGAGUGGGCUGUAUGUCCCAGUGGUUCACGCCCGUCACAUAAAAGACCUGGUUCAGGAGCCUGGGCCUUACAUUCUUGGUGUUACCGCGGAGUGUCGGACAUUGUUUAACGCGCCGAACGACGCUCUAGUUGUGGAUCUUGACCGGAAUUUUGUGCUCACUUCCAGCCCACCAAAUGUUUUGACGCCAGGACAACGUACCAAAUUCAUCAACCGCUUGACACAGGCUUUGAACGGCGAUGUCUCCCCAUCAGGUGUGCCGAACCACCUCCGGUCUGCAUACGCUGGUGGUAAGCUCAUCCCAGCUGGUCAGAUCAUUGUGAUGAGAGGAGAGGUCGAGAGCAUCCAGGAUCCCCAAUGGUGGAACCAGGAUGCUGUGAUGGGCGUCAUGGACCAUGUAUGUGAGAAGCUGGGUCGCAACACUGGCGUCAAGGCCAUCUUUGGCGGCUCUGUGAAGAAGCCCCUGAUGACCAAGGUGUCUACCCGUCAUCUCAACGAGAUUGUGCGCGAGCGGAACCAAUACUCCCGCGAUGCUAUGGAGGCUUGGCAGGAUUUCAUUAACCUGAAGGGUCGCAUGGACACUGAGCUGAGCAAGGUUACCAAGCGUAACAACUUCUUGGUUGAGGAGUUGGAGACCUGGAAGCAGCAGUUCCUUAAAUUCCAGGCCUUUGCAGAGCAGCUCACCAAGGAGACCUCCGAACUCAAGGUCAAGAUUGAGAAUCACAAGCGUGAGAACCGUCGCCUCACUGGCCUCAUUGACCAGCAGAAGGAUGAUGUGGCCCGCCUUACUCUUCGUUUGUCUGGCACUGAGAAGCAGCGGGACGAUGCUCUUGAAGCGUUGGUUCUUCAACAGGAGAUUGCAGAAGAACUGGAGCGCGAGCGUAAGCGUAACCAGCAGGAGCUGUCAUCCUUGCAGCACAGUAAUACAUCUCUGGCUCGGCAACGUGACGAGGCUCAACGGGUGGUUUUGCAUCUCCGUAGCCUCAUCAAUGGACAAACCCACCAUAUGGAGCACAUCAUCCGCUCCAUCGGUAGCGAGGUCGAUAUUUCUGAGUUGGCAGAACAAGAGGCGGCCGAGGAAAGCAAAGAAUUCAAGGAGAACAAGGCAGCCGAAGCGACACUGGCACCGGCACCAGAGCCUCGGAGAAAAUCGAGCACUCCUCGUCUUGAUGAUAACCGGGCUUCUAGGGUUGUGAAGGACAUGAGCCCCGAACUGGAACAGCAUCUCCUAAACAUUGGUAAUGGGCACAACCGCUCUCUCGCUCGUCUUAGCAUAACUGAUGUUGCAGAUCGCUACCUGCGGGACAAGACCGACGCGAUCUCCGACAUCAUCCGCAGCAUCAGCGAACAGUGCGCUGCUGCCGUGGAGGGCCUGCACUUGGCUCAAGAUGCGGAGGAUGAUGACUCAGAUGAGUCUAGCAAGACACUGAAUGGAAACAGACUGGCACCCGAGGAUCAGUCUUCAAUUCGCGAGGGCAGCGAAAUGGGCGACGUCGAUAACUCCCUUCACGCCCGCCGGGGCUCCAGUGUUCCUCCCACACCAGACUUGGUACAUAACCGGUCGAGCACCUCAAUGUCCAUGGUGAGCAAUUCAACCUUUCCGGAAAGGUCGAGCCAACAGUAUGGACCAGGUGAGGUGCCCACCAGGAUAGUUGAGGAUGAUGAUGAGCACAGCCAUGAGACCGAUGGUCUUGAUGACCAGACUGAGACCGGAACUCUGUCUAAGCAGACCAGCGAGGAUCUCAUGCGGUCGAGCACUUCCCGGCUGGUCGCUUAAAUUGCCCAUCGCCCCGAUGAUGCAACGCUAGUUUCAACGACUUUGACACGAUCUCUGCUCCUCAUCCUCUUAGUUAGAGCGAGUUGUGCAAUGGCAUUGUUUUGACUUUUGCUUUCGUCUUAUUCUUUCCCACCUUCCGUUUUGGAUAUUCCCACUGUCGCCUUUUCAGCUUUGGUGAUCGCUUUUCUGUCUUAUUCAUUUUAUUAUCUAUUUAUUCUUCUAUUGGCGGACUUAUUUUCUUCUUGUCUGUGCUGGGAUGGAUCGAUUGUCCUGUUAUUUCUUUUUCUCCAUCCGCACCAUUGGCGUUUCUAACUUCAUUUCUUUCCGAGACCAAGCGGUCAGGACUUUUGUCUCUUUAAGUCAAUUUUUUUCACGGCAUCCCAUGUGGGACCACCACACUCAUUGUGUUUCCUUGUUGUGGCACAUAUAUUUCCUUUUGUCUAUAGUUUUGAGUGGGGCUGCUUUGAGAGCUGCUGUAGUCCAGGAUAUUCUGAAUUGGACAAUGUCUACCAUUCGGUAGAUUGAUUGAAUUCAAAUUGUUUAUACAAGAAA